UUUUGAUUGCGUAAUUUUACUUUAUUAUUCUGACAUAUUUAAACUGUUGUUUCAUCUAUGGUGCUUUCCCUGAUGAGAUAAUAAAGCAGGCUAUUUUAAUUUUAUUACCAUUUAGCAGUUAUACCAACAAACUCUAAAAUGUAUACACACAUAUUUUUUUUUUUUUUUGCCAUUGAUUUAUACGCUUAGUAUUAAUUCAAACAUCCAUAAGAAAUUAGGCUAUUUACAUAUUAUACUAUUUACAUACUAUUUAUAUGAAAAGAUCAUGUGAUCUGAAUACACUGGGCAAUUUUCCGGUUACACGUGCAGUACCCUUAAUAUAAACACAGAAGGAGAGGAGGAGAGUCAGUCCUUUAUGGCUGAUCAUUCACCUGUUAUCCAGCUCAGCUGAAAAAGCAUAUUUGUUUUGAAAUGAAUUAUGAAUAUUUUUCCUGUCACUGAUAUUAGACACAUACAAGGAGGGCCUGUUCAUCUGCUUAACACUUGUUUCCAUUAUAUACAGCUGAUUUAAACUACUUGGCAAGAAUGUAAUUUACCAUUUUUUACUUACAUUUGUGCUGAACAAUUUAAAGAAGAUGACAAACUCAUCGACUGUGUCAUCAGUCAUGCUGGAGGUCCUUUACAGAAUGGAGGAUCUUAAAUACCUUUACUUCAUGAUCUUUUUUGUCUUGUACAUGUUUGUAUUCUUUGCUAACACCACUCUGAUGUUUAUCAUAAUUACUGACAAGGCUCUUCAUAAACCUAUGUACGUCUUUCUAUGUAACUUGGCUGUAAAUGGCAUCUAUGGUGGCACAGCUUUGCUUCCAUCCUUGAUGGGUACUUUAAUGUCUCCUUCUCAUGAGGUAUCUUUGGCAUGUUGUAAGGCUCAAACAUAUUUCCUGCACACAUAUACUAUCAUAGAAUUCACCAUUCUGUCAGUGAUGAGCUAUGAUCGCUAUGUGGCCAUCUGCUACCCGCUACAGUAUCACAGUAUUAUGACAAUCACAAGGGUGUAUAAACUAAUUGCUUUCUCGUGGGGUUAUCCUUUAGUGGCAUUCGCUUUGUUUUUUAUUCUGACUCUGCGCUUGACAAUCUGUAGAAACAUAAUUGAGCGAGUGUACUGUUCUAACUAUUCCCUUGUCAAACUGUCCUGUGAUGACACAAAUGUUGUGAGCGCUAUUGGAUUGUUUUCUGUUGUUGUAUACAGUUUUCCUCAGCUUGCGAUGACCCUCUACUCAUAUGGACAUAUUCUGAAAAUAUGCUUUAAUGCCACUAAAAAGUCUAAAAUAAAAGCACUGAAGACCUGCACACCACACUUAUUUGCAAUAUUGAACUACAGCGUGGGCUGUUUUUUUGAAAUUGUACAAAGUCGCUUUGACACAAGAUAUAUUCCCUUUGAAACACAAAUAGUUAUGUCACUUUAUUUCUUGAUAUUUCCUCCUAUUCUGAAUCCAGCCAUUUAUGGGCUGAGUGUUCAGGCUCUGAGAGCCAAUAUUUUUAGACUUUUUAGCUCUAAGAAUAAGUUAUUGCCUUUGAAAUAG